AUAAUAAUUAUUAUGAGUGGUGGACUGGCUCCUAGCAAAAGUACAGUGUACGUUUCAAACUUACCGUUUGAUUUAAGCAAUAAUGAUUUGCAUAAAAUAUUCGAGAAACAUGGUAAAAUUGUAAAGGUUACUGUAUUAAAAGACCAAGCAACGAGGAAAAGCAAAGGUGUUGCAUUUAUACAAUUUUUAUCUCAAGAUGAUGCUCUAAAAUGUGUGGAAGAAACCAAUUCUAAAGAGUUGUUUGGAAGGGUAAUAAAAUCCAGUAUAGCAAAAGAUAAUGGCAGGACGAAAGAAUUCAUAAGGAAAAAGACUUACGUAGAUAAAUCAAGAUGCUACGAAUGUGGACAAUACGGACAUGUAAGUUACAAUUGUAGCAAAAACUUACUAGGUGCAAGAGAACCGCCUCCUAAAAAGUCUCGUGUGAGGAAGAAGAAGAGUCGUCAGGACGGUUCAAUACAGGAUGAUGAAGAAGGGGAGAACGUUGUCGAGGAUGAAGAAAAUGAUAAAGAAAGCGAUGAUGUCAAGGAUUGUGAAACAUUAAGUGCAGCCAUAGCUUUGGAGCAAGAAAAACAAGAAUUAGAAGAGUAUAGAUACAGAGUAGCUACUGGAAAUUACAGUAACAAAGAACCAGAAACAUCGGACGCUCCUGCUAGAAAAAAAAUUAAAAAAAGUGAAUAUUUUAGCGACGAGGAAGAAAUUGAAUAA